AUGGUGGGUCCAGGCGGUCGUGGACUGAGAUUCGUUUUGGCCGCGCGUCAGCACCCAAAGGAGGAGGGGGUGGCAGAUUUCCUCUCCGGCGCCGACCCUGAGAUCCAGAGUGGGAUGCCAGCAUCUUCACUCAGGCCGACUGGACGUUGGAUGGAAGAGCUCACGCCUGGUGGAGUAAAUCCAAGAGGGUACGAACGAGGCGGUCGAGGUGGAGGAGCCGCCGUGGAUCUGAGAAUCAAGUUCACGUCGGGUUCACCAAAUUGUGGGGGCUCCGUUCCGAUUGUACUGGGCUCCACAUGCGUGGUGGAGAAGAGCGUUGAGUACCACAUGACAGUGCCCCAAGACCACCCAAUAGUUUUUCUUGAAGUUUACGAUCAAUUAUCUCUCACGACAAAUAACUUUGUGGAGGAACGACAAAAGCUUGGAAAGGGAGGAUUUGGCAAAGUUUAUAGAGGUUUUCUGAGGGAAUCGCACUGUGAUAUUAAUGCUGUCAAGAGGAUAUCAAAGGGGUCAAAACAAGGGAAGAAGGAGCACACAUUAAAAGUGAACAUCAUCAGCCAGUUGAGGCACAGGAAUUUGGUUCAAUUCAUCGGAUGGUGCCACGAGAAGAAAGAACUAUUGCGUACUCCUAUAUGA